AUAUAUAUAUAUACCAAAAAGGGGGACCGGCAGCCAGGGGAUUAUACUCUGGCCUGGGCCCAAGUCCAAAGUCGGCUCUGUUGCAUUAUUCAUGCUCUUCGGCGGCAUCCACAUCGACAUCCAGAGCCACAUCCAACGCAACGCAACGGGAACGGCAUCCACGAGCGAAGAUGACGCUGCGCUUAGUCAGCAUAUUAUCGGCGGCAUUACUUCUCCUUUGGCCCGCACAGCUGGAUGCAUUUAUCACACCGAAUACAGGCUGUCACCACAAUGGCACUUGGUUCGCGGACAAAUCGGUGGUCCCCAGCAUGGAGAAGUGCCUGAAUUGCCAGUGUAACCGAAAGACGCUGGUGUGUCGCCUGAAGGUCUGUCCCGAAAUGCCCAUGCCACCGCCCCGAGGAUGUGUGGUGGUCCAGAAGAAGAGCACCUGCUGUCCCUUUCUUUCCUGCGCCAGAUUGGAUGCCUUCUACAAGAUACCCACCAAGCGUCGCAUCAUCGCCUAUUUGGAUCACUAUGAAAGGGAGUCCAUUGAUAGGGUGGUCAACGAUAACAUGCUGCAAAGACGAUCAGAUGAUUCCGACACGGAUCUGUUUGUUUGCGUGAAGAACGGCACAGUCUACAAGUCGGGUUCUGCUAUGUCAUCAUCGAAUUUGUGCAGCUACUGCUAUUGCAUAGGUGGCACCGAGAAGUGUGUGAAGCCCAAGUGCAUGCUGCCCGUGGACGGUUGCAAGCCCAUAUUCGUGGACUCCACCUGUUGUCCCGUGCGAUACGACUGCAGCAGCAAGACGUCGGGGAAGUCCUCGCAGGAGGUGCGCUACAGGAAGACCUCGAACAAGCACUUCCAGCGCAUGUCGCAGCGGCUGCAGCGCAAUCGAGGCUGCACUGUGGGCCCCCAGUUCUACGCGGAGGGGCAGAAGAUGCGUUCGGAUGCGGACAGGCCGUGCGACAUAUGCUUCUGUAUCCGGGGAACCAGACGCUGUGCCCCCAAGAAAUGCUCACCGGCGCUUAAGAACUGUAUUCCCGUGGUGCCGAAGGGUCAGUGCUGUCCAUCGAGUUAUGACUGUGGCAGCCAGAGGGAUUAUCGCAGGUCGCACAACUCGCGACAGUUUAAUCUGUACAAUAUGCUCUUUGGCAAGGAGGAACCGGAGCCACAGGAAGCGGCCUUAAUACCCCAGAAUUCCAUGGCUGAGAGAUAUCCGCACGAUCGUCAUCCCACACGGGCUCCUUUGGGGAAUCCCCUGGAGGUUAGCAGUGAGAAGAGCAUCAUGGACACCCUACGCGAAGGUCUGGAGUUUAUCGACGGUAAUAACAACAAAAUGCUGGCCAACAACUUGGAUCUGGUGGGCAUGGGAACCACCCAGGCACCACCACAGAUGAGAACGGAGUCCUCCAGUGAGGAGGUGAGCAGCACUACGGCCCUGAGUUUUCUGGAUUUGCUCUUGGGUCCCAGUACGGAGACCGCGGGGCACGAAGAGAUCAGGCAACCGGAGUCAACUACUGUGAAGAACACACUCUCCUGGAUGGACAUCCUGCUGGGACCCGAUGAGGAUGAGCUGAACCCCAAAACGGAAGCUUAUUUGGAAACUACUACCACUCUAACACAACCCGAUGAGCUGAGGACUUCAACAAAUAGCAUUAAACGCAUUGCAGAGGACUUUGAUGAGCAAUUGGAUAGUGGAGAAAUGGCGGCGGGUGAACUGCCGGCGGAAGCCCAACAAAUUGGUCUGGCGAAUGCCGGAAUUUGGCCAACAACCGCGACGGAAGUUAAGCCCCCGCCGAAGGAGGAACCAAGUCUAUUUAACGCCUUCAUGGAUGGUCUGUCCGGUAUACUCGAAGAGCCACUCAAUCAGAACUCCACGAGUACAAGUACAACGACAACCACUGAAAGACCAACCACAGUACAACACGCACCACCAAUGUUCAGACCCCUGCCGAGUGGCAAGCCCCUUCACACCCGAAUCAACUCGAAACUGGCUAAUCUCACAGUGACACCGCCCAUGUUGGUGGUGACCAGCAAAUAUGGUCAGCCGGUGACCCACAGAACGGCGGAAAAGAGGGUCAAUGGAACCACCAGCGGCUCAGUAGCCAAAACCACUGAAAAACCAAGUGCUAGCACUACACAGCAAACAAAACUAGAUACCACCAUCAAAACCACAAUGAGGCCAAGCACUACGGUCAAGCCCAAGCUGAAGACUACUAAAAAAGUCACAACCACACAAAAACCUACAACUCCUAAACCCUCUACUACAAAACUCACCACUCCGAAAACCACCACUCCGAAAACCACCACUCCGAAAACCACCACUCCGAAAACCACCACUCCGAAAACCACCACUCCGAAAACCACCACUCCGAAAAACACUACUCCGAAAGCCACAACUCCAAGACCUUCGACUCCUAAACCCACCACCACCACCACCACAACAACAACAACAACCACUGUACGAACCACCAGCAAACCGAAAUUUAAACCUAAACCCAAACCUUAUGUAACAAGCACUCCGAAACCGCUGGUGAUCAAAACCAACCCAAGUAUUUUGGAAGCCGAACCACUGGACACCAAUGGUGAACCCACUUUGCCACCCAGUCUGCCGAACUUGAAAAUAAUUCCAUUCCUACCAACCGAUGCUGUGGAUUCGGCUCCCAAGGAGAAGUAUCCACCAAACUUCUAUCAGCAGAAGGUGGCAUCCGAUAAGAUGGAUGUGGUUGGGUACGAUACCAUUGAUGAUUCGGUGGCUCUAUUCUCGCAAUCUCAGCCCAAUCAGGCUGCCUACAAGUACAAGUUCAAUGUGGAGGUUCCAGCAGUGGAAUCCGCUCCAGAACCUGUGGUUCAUGUGGGUGGCAAAUAUGAGGGCAGUGCAGCCUACGUUAACUUCGAUUUCGAUCGCCCGGUGGUGCCGCCCCCUCACAAUGGCUUCUCACCGCCCACCGAAACGGAGGGAGGAUUCAUGCCCAAGGAACCGCUCGUUAUCGAUGGGGAAGUUCUCCAGGAGCAUGUCACCUCGAGUGGAACUGAUAACUUCCAUGUCACGCAGCACAUUAUCGAUAUCACAGCAUCGGGGGCGCAAACAAACGAUACUGCUUCGAUAGAAAUCACCACACCCGAUCCCUUUAAGGAUGUCAUACACACAGAGCCGUCGCCCAAUCUCGAUGAAUUAAUCGUUGACAAGGCGAACAAGAAGCCGAAUGAGGAACAUAUCGAGACCGUCACUUUCAGUGUCAGCAAUUCAACAGCCUCCUCCAUAUCGGCAUCUACCAGCAGCUCCACAACAACAACGAUGACAACGACAACCAAAGCAACAACAACGGAAAAGGAAACCCCCCUGAUAGAUAAAUAUGAAAUCAAUAAAUUAGAUAAGCUCUUGGAUGAGCUGCUUGGCAUGGAGUUGUCCAAAGAGGAGGUAUUGAGCAGCACAGUGCCUGCCUGGAAGCAACUGCCAGCGGCAACAGCAGCGCUGGCAAAAUCAUCAUCAACAACAACAGCAACACCAGCAACAGCAACAUCAACAACAGCAAUAGCAACAAGCACGCCAGCAACAUCGACCGCAGGUCGGCCAACAGCGACAACACGUGCUCCGGCCAAAAAGGGAAAUAGUAAAACGAAAAACAAACAGACGAACGGCAAUAGACGCAAAGUCCAGAGUGCCACGCGACGCCAAAGCACAGCGGCAACCACUAGAGCCCCUCCGCCAGCAGCAGCAGCAACAUCAUCUGCGUCAACAACCACGGGGCAGCCCACAACAACGAAGGGCACUCUGCAUCCAUUUUUAAAUUCGCCGUUCGACAAAUUACCCUUCAUGGAUACCAGCUAUGAGGUAAGACCGCACCGAUUGCAGCCGCAGCAGCAACAGCAGGCGUUGCAGGCACCGCAGCAACAGCAGCAACAUGAGCAGCCACCGCAGCAAUUCCACCAUUACCAACAUGCAACACGACCGCUAACAAGCAUUCCACCGGCAACAUCCCCGGAGGAUGUGCCCCAGGAUUUGGGUUCAGGUUCGGGUUCGGUUUCGGGGGAAAGAAAUAGCAGUGGAGGAGGUGGAUUUCCGGGUGGCGAUGAUCCACUCGGUCAGCUGAAAUUGGCGGGCUGCAACAUUUACGGACGCAUGUACCGGGUGGGUCGGAUUAUCGUGGAAUUAUCCAGCCAGUGCCUGGAAUGCAAAUGCACCGAGGUGGGCGUCAAGUGCGGCCCAUUAGACUGUUAAUUUAGAUAUCCCCGAAUGAUCGUAAUCCCCCCGGGAGUGUAUAGAGGUUAAGUGUCAGUUCGUAGCAGUAUGCUAAUCCCUAGCUGUAACUAACUAAGGGGUAGUUAGGUAGCCUUCUCUAGACGCUAAGUUGUAUUAUAGAAAAAUUACAAUAAUUUCUUUGAAAACAAAUCACUUAUCUUUAGCAAGGCAUUUAUAACAUACAUAAAUUAGGCUAUGA